AUUUAUUUACUUAUCUGGUAAAAAGAAUUGGAUUUUUCUCUAGAAAAAAAAUGAAUUUUUUCAGAUGAAAAAUCAAUCCUAUGAAUUUUCAACAAAUUAUCAUCUACCAACCAGUUAUAAUAACAUUCAUAACAAUACUAUCCCGAUUAUUAAAACUAAACUUCAUGAUGAUACUAAUCACAGCAUUAGUACAAAUAACAAUGUUAAUAUUUCAGCAUUUAAUCAAUGGCUGUUUAAUCAAUCUUCGUUUGAUAUUCCACAAUCUUUAAGCAAUCUUGUGAUUCCUUCAGUUUGUACAGCACGUAAACUUAUUUGGUGCAAUCAAAAGGAAGUUGCUGAACUUUUGCUAGGAGCAUGUGUACAUUCAGACUGGCUUUCAUCAGUUGUUCAUGUUCGUCCUAGAAAUGGUUCUAUUAUUUUCUACCGACGAGAAUUGGCCACCGUAGCACGUAAACAAGAUGGAUAUUUAUGGAAAAAGAAACCAAAUCGACGUACUACUAAAGAAAUUCAUAUGGUUCUUAAAGUUCAAGGGAUUGAGUGUAUCAUUGCAAACUAUGCACAUUCCGCUUUAAUCUCUACAUUUCAUAGACGAACAUAUUCCUUAAGAUUUAAUCCCUCUAUUGUAUUAUUUCAUUAUUUAAAUGUACCCUUGUUAACUCAUGAGAAUAAACUUUGUUUACCAUUACCUAAUCUAAGUGAAUAUGAUCGUAAUGAAUUGACUUAUGCUCAACUUGUUGAACAAUUAGUAAAUAUGUUUAACAAUUUCCCCAAACAUAUCUUGAAACCUGGUAUUGAUCAAAUUUUAAAUUUCGAUGUAAAUUUUUCUAAUUUAAUUCAGAUUCUAAGUGAUCAUAUUUGGAAUUCAUCAGUAAAAUCCAAUUCUUCCCCUCCUCCCCCUCCACUAUCAUCAUCAUCAUCAUCAUCAUCAUCUCUAUCUCAUAAUACAUACAGAAACAUGACAGGUAACAGUGUUGUGAAGAGUUUCUCUUCACUGCAAUCUGAUACAAAUCAUCAUCAUACUCAUACAUCUGUAUUUCUUCUUAUCACACCUAAAUUAAAUAAUAAUUAUCAGACAAGUUUGGAAUUAGUCUUUUCCAAUAACAGAUCGUCUGAUCGAACUAAUUCUCAUGCGCAAAACCUUCACAGAUAUCAGUUUUUAGAUGUAAAUAAUAAUGAAAAUAAUAAUGAUAAUAGUAAUGAUAACAUUCCUUUCACAUUCUCCUGUUCAAAUUCAAUUAAUGAACAUUGUCAAAACAAUGAUACUUCAAAGCAUAAUAAUAAUAAUCAUAAUGUUAGCUCCAACAAUAAACAUAAUAAUCAUGACAAUGAUGUUAAGACAAAUUCCAAUAUAAAUCGAUUAUUAAUUCAUAGUGAUAAUAAUGACAAUAAUAAUGAUAAAGACGAAUUUAAUAAUUUACUAUCUGAUGUUGUAAUUAAUUGGGCUAAUGAUCAUCCUUAUUCAUCAUUAUUAACAAUAAAUAAUUUUGACAAUUCUGACUCAACAGAAAACAUUCAUUUAAAUUACAGUGGUGAUAAUCAAAAUGUUGAUGAUGUUAUCGAUCACAAACAUUAUUAUAAUAAUACUGAGAGUAAUCAACAUUCUAUUGACAACAUUACAGCCACUACUACUACUACUAUUGAUAAUAGUGAUGAUGAUAAUAAUAAUAGUAAUGAUUAUUAUCAAGAAGAACUAGGAGAAGAUCCAACAACAACAACAACAACUAUAGAACCUAUUGAAAUAGGCUCUAUUGAUGAAUUAAUAAAUUUCACUGAUUUCAUCAUUACAUCAACAUCAACACCGCCAUUUGUAUCAACGUAUACUGAUGAAAAUUUAGGAUAUUUGUCAAAUGAAUUAAUCACUAGUAAUCAUCUAUUAGGGCAUGAUGUUACAUCGACACCAACUAUUACAACCACUGCCACUACCACCGCCACCACAACUAGCAAUAAUGACUGUGAUGAUGAUAUUAUAACUGAACAACACCAACCUAUUCAUAAUUUCAUUUCAAAAGAAUUUGCUUCUAGUGAAUUUUUGUCUAAUAAUUGCAAUAUUCAUACUACAUUAAAUAAUCAUGAUCGAUAUACUAUACACAUUAAUCAUGUUAAUAUUGAUAAAGAAGAGAUAGAUGAUAAUAUGAUUAGUAAUAACAAUAAUAAUAAUAAUAAUAAUAAUAAUAAUAAUAAUAAUGAUAACGGUGAAAUGGACGAUGAUUUAAAUCGUGAAGCUUUUAAAAAUAUUUACUCACCCAACCAUUGUUUAUCUCCGAUAACAAAUAUAUGUGAACCUUUAGUAAAUGAAAGUUUUGACAUUGUACAAUCCAAUAGUCCACAAAAUGAUGCUGUUUGUAAUUCAGUCAUGUCUUCUGAUAGAGGAUAUUCAAAAUACAAUGCUGAUUGGUGCAAUAAGAUAAAUUUGUCAAAAUUAAAACUAUCAGAUGAUCUAUUACGUUGGAUAGUGUUUAUUCGUUUCAGUGCAUUAGCACCAGAUAUUCAUUUAUCAAUUGAAGAAAGUGAAGAUGAAUUCAUUUUACUGCCAAAUCAUAAAUCGAGAUUGUUUAGUAAAUCAUUUGAUGAAACUAACUAUAAUCAUCAUCAUAAUAAUAAUUCACAUUUAUCAAAAUAUACAGAAAAUAUAAAUUCUCACAAUAUUUAUAAUUCAACACAUACAAAUUAUUUAACAAAUAAUCUUGAUGAUUAUUCUAAGUUAAAUAUAUCAUUUCGACGUGAUCAAUGUGCAGAUAAAUUAGAAAUGUAUUUAAUGCUACAACUGGUUGAAUGGAUGAAGAAAACAGAUAACAAUAUUAGUAUUAAUACUCACUACAAUAAUAAUAAUAAUAUUGUUCGAUUGAAUGAAAAUGAACAAAAUAAUUCUACUAAUAAUGAUGAAAUCAAUCAAAGUUCUGUCAACUUUUUAUUAGAGGCUGAAAGUGAAUUUGAUGAAGUCAAUAUUCAACAAUUACAAGAACAAAUGAACUCAUUGAAUGUAGAUAUUUCGCUUUUAAGUUGUGUAGCUGCUUUAGGUUAUUCCGAAUUGAUACUUGGACUGUUGCAAUGGGCUGUACGAAUUUAUUGUUGUCAUCAAUCUGCGUCAUCUGUUGCACAUGAUUAUGAUACAUUUUUGAAAUCAGAUAUAGACACAGAUUUAUUUAGGAUUUUAUCUCUUUUACAUGAUCUAAGCCCAAACAAUUCGACUUCAUUUACUUAUCCGAUACUCACACCAUUGGGUUCAGCUAUUCUUUAUGAACAAGUUGUAACAACCAAACUUUUAGUAGUAUGGGAUCCAGAUGCCCUUCAUAAACCAUGUUUAUAUAAUUCAUUAUCAUCUUGUUCAAAGUCAGGUGAUGAGUUUACACCAGAAAAAUUGGCAUUGACUAUCAAAAGUGAAUCUAUGCAAAAUUGUAUUCAACAAUUAGAAGCACAAUAUUUUUUAUCCAAUACACACAAUUAUGAAACUGAUAAUGUUUUAACUAAAUUAAAUAGACUGAUAAAUUAUGCCGAAAAAUAUUCACUAUUAAAUUCAUCUUCUAGUUUACAUGAUUUUAAUCAUAAUAAUUUCAGAGAAAUUGAUAUCAGUGCAAAAUCAUCGUCAUUUGCUCACUCACUGUUAUACACACAAUCAAAUAUGAUUGAGUCAGUUGAUGGUGCAAAGAAAAAUUAUAGUUUAGGCGUGUCUCUUGAUAAUGAUCAUAAUAUUCCAGGAGAUGAAUCACUUUAUCAUUCCACAUCAUUACAGAAUAUCUCUAGUUCAAAAUGUCAAUUCAAAGACUUUAAUGCUAUGGUAAAAUCAUCAACACCUGUAACUAGUCAGUUUAUAGAUGAUUUAAACAAUUUUAAACAUAUUCCCAAUAAAAACAACCGCAUUAAUUCGUCCAAUAUUCAUAAUAAACUUUAUGAUGAUGAUGAUGGUAUUGCUUUGAAUUCAAAUUUAUAUGGUAAAAAUAUAUGUACCUGGCGUCAACAAUCAUAUAAUCGUUAUCAUCAUUGUUUAGAUUCAACUUCUCUUUAUGCUAGUAUAACAAAUUUAAUGAAAGAUGAUCAUUGUCAAAUGUUUUGUUUAGCUGAUAGAAUAAUUGAAGCAAUGCCAAGGCGUAUUGUUAAUCUUCAUAAUCAAAAUUCUGUUGAUCUCUCAUCAACUCAGUUAGAUUAUGAUAUUAAUGAUGACGACGAUAAUGAAGAGUUACAUUCGUCUUCUAUUCAGUUGUCUGAUUCAGCUUUAGGUGAAAGUAUUGCCUUAAGUCGAACACCUAUUCAUCAACUCAAAUCACAUUCUUCAUUAGUUCAUUAUAAACCGUUCACUUUGAUAACGAAUACUAAUUCUUUGACUAAUCCUAACCAUACAAACAAAUAUCCAAUUGAAAUGAUUUCGAAUAGAACAACAAAAUCAGUUCAUAAUCAUAAAAAUCAUCAACCGAUGGGUUCAUUCAAUUCACUUCCAUCUAAACAACUUAAUCAUAAUAAAUAUCAUAAUGUCAAUGUUGAUGAUUAUUUCAAGAAUACAGUAAAUGAUCAAUCAAAAAGUGAUUUACUUGGUAGUUUUCAUGAACCUUUCAAAAUAAGAAGACAAAGGAGAAGAAGAAGAAGAUCAUCAUAUUUUACUCCUCCAAUUCAACAAUUUAAAAGUAAAUUAAAAACUUUCAAUGAUAAUGAUAAUGAUGAAGAUGAUGAAAUUAGUUUUGAAUUAAAUUCUCAUGAAACUGAAGUUAUCACGUCGAAUUCAAUGUUCAAUACUCCGUUUAGUUCUAACAGUUUUAUGAGCUCAGAUAUCAAUAAUGAAAGUGAUUAUGAUCAACUUCGAUACGAUCAUCAAUGCAAAUCAUUAAGUGCUUUCAGUUUAAAUAGUCCACCACCUUCUACAGCACAAAUAGCUGAACAUUUUAAUGAAGUACCGGGAAAAUUUAUGGAAACUGAUUUAAGUAGACUGACUUUAUCGGAUGUGGAACAGAAACGUUUAUAUGAAGCAGCUAAAAUUAUACAGAAAUAUUAUCGAGCUUAUAGAAAACACAAUCAAUCGAUCAUCAUUCACAACAAUGAUCAUAAUAACCAUGAUAAUAACAAUAAUCACCUGUCCAAUACAUUGAUACCUGAUCCUGUAUUAUACUCUUCAUCAAAUCAUGAUCAUACAAAUCAGAUAAAUCUAAGUCGUUUUGAUAAUUCCUUACCUACUAAUAAUACAUAUUCAAAAAAUAUAUUUGAUAUUAGUCAUAAUUAUCAAGUUGUACCAACAAUACAACAGAAUAAUAUUAUUGUCAACUCUUCAACUCAUAAACAAGAAUGGAAUAAUGAUGUCUUAUUAAAUUUCAAUAAUGAUACAUCUGUAGGCCUUGAAAUUGAAAUUGAAACAUCAUAUGAGAAUACAAUCAAUAAUGAUAUUAAUAAUAAUAAUAAUAAUGAUAAUUCCUAUGAAACACAAACAAUUCUAUCUAAUCAGUUGUCUUUAUGCGAAGAAACUAAUUUCAAUUGUAUUUCAACUUCAAUACAAUCAACAAUAAAUUCAUCACAAUUAUCAACAACACUUAAAUCAUCGUCAUCAUCAUCAUCAUCUCAUGGAACGUGUAGUAAAGAAAUUGAAGCUGCAAUUAUUAUACAAAGUUAUUAUAGACGUUAUAAACAGUAUGCAUAUUAUAAACGAUUAUGUCAAGCUGCACUUUUAAUUCAAAAUCAAUAUCGUUGGUAUAGAAAUCAAAAGAAAAAUGGUAAUAGCGUAGGAGUUUCAACUGGUUCUAAAUAUCGAAAACCAAGAUCAAGUCAAUGUAACAAUCCACGAUACAGGUCAACGUGUACACGUAAACCAAAAGUGAAUAAUAAUGCAGUUGGUGAAGUAAAUAUUGAAUUUCUGGACGUAUAAGACAUCGAUCAGCUACCCGGUUAUCAUCAUCAUUCAACAAUACUCCUUACAUCUCUUUACCGAAUUCCCAUCAUAUAAAUCCACCUUCAAGAUUUAUUUGUUUUGAAGAGCAUUUAAUUGAAUCCUAUGACAAUCAUCAACAACGUUAUUCAAAUAAUUCAUCUGUUGUUUAAAAUGUUAGUUAAUUGAUUGCUUUUAACCAAUGUAUUUCUAGUUCGCUCAAUAUUUUUCUUCUUAUUGCUGUUGUUAUUGUCCUGAUAUUGUUCCUAUUCAUUUUUUGUUUGUUCAAUUGUUAGUAGAUAAAUAUGCUAG